AUGUUAGCGAAUUUUUGCCUUCUGAUAUGGGGAACGCAUUUCAUGGAGGCGCAACUUUGCUCAACACGGUAUAUUUUAACAGAGGGUAGCUUUGAACUGCCUCUGCCACGAGACAGUUGCAGCAGUCGAGACUAUGAACUUCAGUUGGAGGCGGUGUUGGCAGAAUUUGCGCUCUACCUACGCAUGGAACAUCAACAACAACACAGGGAUGGAAACCGUUACGUAUACUUUAUGGUUUGUGGACUUUUUGCGCUGGAACGACGUUUGAUAUUUAUGCUAUUUGAAACAAUUUUAAAUUAUCUGAUCAUACUCAUACAAUACGAUAAAGUGGCAUAA